CCUUCAAGUGCUCGCAACCUCCAUCAGUGGACGAUACCUCUGAAGCGUUGCCCUUGUUGAGUAUGUUGUCAUCAUUCACCACGCAUUAAGACUGACAUUUUCACCCCAAUUGAGUUUGUUACAUCUGAACUAGUCGAUUCCGACAAAUCAGUGUAUACGCAGAUGACUAGUACAUUAUGGAAUCCGAUUUUUCCCAUACUGAGUAGGGCGUUUAGUUGCCGUAGUUUCAACUUAAUUCGACACUUCGAGCCGCAGACAACGAAAGAAGUCGGACCAAAUGAUCGGAACAAUCGCCUUCCUAAGUCGUACGAAUUGAUGAUGCGAAUCAUACACGACAGAAUAGGUCCGACCCAGAGGCCUCGCAAAAGACUAUACACUAUAUUGCUUUCUCGUCGAGAAAACAAAAUGUCGGAAUCAGUUAGGAUGUCCACUCCUGAAGGGCGGGCGCUCAUUUUUAAGAGACUUAUUGAUGGACGGAAACGUUUGUGGCCGCAUGCUUGGUAGUUUGUUUGCUUCAAAUUCCCAGACAUAUUUUUGAAAAUUUGUGUACUUCUAUUUCACUCUAUCUUCAAAUAUAGUGCGUAUUAACGAU